GGUGAUACUGGGUAUAUAUCACUGUGCAAGUCGAUCGUGUACCAGCAGCUGGCAGGCAAGGCCGCAGCAGCCAUUCUCUUAAAGUUCCUGAGACGGUUCGGCACACUCAAAGCCCUUACAAAGGAGGACUCUGAGCUGACACCCGAUGACUUCGAGUUCCCCAGGCCUUCGGUUGUUGCUAGCCUGGAUGUGGACGAGAUGAGAGAGUGCGGACUAGGCCAGCGCAAGUCCGAGUACAUGAAGGCUGUGGCAGAGAAGUUUCGUGAUGGCGAGCUUUCCGAUGCCAAACUGGCAGCACUAUCUGAUGACGAGGUGACGAAGGCCCUAGUGGCCAUCCGUGGAAUCGGCCCGUGGACCGCCGACAUGUUCCUAAUGUUCCACCUGAAGCGCGCCAAUGUGCUGCCGACACUGGACCUGGCGAUUCGCAAGUCCAUGUGCAAGCAUUUUGGCGUGCCGUUCACCAAGACAACGCCGACACAUGACGAGCUGGUGGCACUAGGCAGGAUCUGGGAACCGUACAGAUCGGUAGCUACCUGGUACAUGUGGCGGAUGUCUGAU